UACCAUAAGAAUUCGUUUGUAGUAUACCAUAGAGUAUAAUACCCGGGUAUCGGGCAGUUGAUGCGAUUCGAGUAUAAUAACUUUCAAGGGUUUCAACUACAAUUCAUAGCCAUCAACUAAUCGAGAGUAUAGUGCGUCACAGAGUUUACAGGUCUCGUAGUCUCAUUGAUCUUUUGAUUGUGUUCUGCUACUGGGAUUAUGUAACAUUCUUGGUACUUGUCGUUUUCAUUGUAAUGGUCGAACAAAAUUAUUUGCGUUCUGUGUCUUGAAUCGAUCAGCGGCGGCGUUGAAUUAAAGUGACAAUGUCGAUAUUUGAGAAUAGUGCAACAUUGAAGGACAAAGUCGACGAUACACAUCCGUUGAAAUGUACAAUUCUAAAUUCGCGGAACACCAGUGGAUAUACGGAAUAUGUCAUUGAAGUAACACGCACUGGUGUUCAGGAUUGCACUUGGAAAAUAUUCAAGCGGUACAGUGAUUUUGUUAAACUGCAAAAUAUGUUAUACAAAUUGUCACCAAAAAUAAAUUUGGAUUUACCUCCAAAAAAAUACAUUGGAAACAUGGAUCGAAAGUUGGUGAUGCAACGACAAAAUGCAUUACAAAGCUCUUUAAAUACAAUGGUUGAGAAUUUAAUGUUAGCAAAUUCAUUAUUAGUAAGAAGCUUUUUGGAUCCAGAAUCAUAUAGUGAAUAUUGUAAAGAAUCUUUAUUCCAAAAAGUUGGCAUGGUUCUUAGAGGUAAUCGGGAAUUUGAAUUAUUUAAAGAACUACCUAAUAUAGGAUGGCGUUUAAGAAGGAAAUCAUUUUUAUCUAAAUGGAAAAAAGAUCCAAAACAAGAACUUUUAUUGUCAUGGACAGAAUGUGGUCCUGACCUUUCACUUAAACAACUAGAUUUAGUUACAGUACUUAAAUCUAUCUCUAGCAUAAUACAUCCACUUGUAGACAUUCCUGUGAUACUUCCAAGUCCUGAAGGAUAUACAUUAUCAGUUCAUAAUAUUCAAGUUGGCAGUUUGAGAGAUCUGCUUUAUCAAACCACACCUUUACAACCUUUCUUAAAAAAAUAUUGGGAUACUUCUUCUCACGUUUAUUUACCAGACCAAACUAUGGUAUCCUAUAUUAAACAGAUCUUAUAUGGAUUGAAAUUUUUACAUGAUAAUCAUAUCCCUUAUGGUCAUUUGCAUUCUGGAAAUGUUUUAGUCUGUGAUAUUGAAAAUGUUAAACUAACUGGCAUUGAAAAUAGUACUUUAGGAUUACCUUCAUAUUACCGUUCAUUCUUAGUACAGCUUGGAAAAAAACGUAUACAAAGUUUAAAUGAUAUCGAUAUAUAUGGAUUUGGUCAUAUAUUAUAUGAGUUUACUGAAAAUGAACCUCUAUCAAGGCCUUUUUGUGAACAUUUUUCUCAAAAAACCUCAUUAAAUUUGACAAAACAAAUGAAAACUAUACUUGCACCUCCUUCAUCAAAGUUACUCAUGCCAAGUGUGAACUCAAUAAUAACAAAUUUAAAACAUGCACGAAUGAUAGAUGAACAAAAAGACCCAUCAUUUUUCAAAUGUAAAAUACCAGUUUUAGUAAAAGAACAUUAUAUUCUAAUCACAGAAAAAUGUAUGUCUAGAAUUUUUGAAGACCAAAAAAAAAUUGCAUUAGAAAAACGCCAUAAAAAGAUUUAUAAAAUCAUCCAUGACCCAGAAAAAUGUUCUGGAGUAACGCAAUCAAGACAUUUUGAUUUUCAUUCAAUUAAAAAUAAUAGUCCACUUGACAUCAAUAAUAGAUCACAUAGUUCCAGUAGUAACAGUACAUUAACUUCUACUGGAUCUGAUAUACAAACUAACAGUAUUGCUGUUAAUUCAUCAUCAUUAGUGUCCAAUCCUCCACCACCACCUCCUCCACCACCACCAUCAUCAACAACUAUCCCCGUUAUUUCACCACAAUCAAAUAAUCAGAGAAUUGCUUUAUUAUCUUCUAUUAGUAUGUUUGAUACAAAUAAACUAAAGAAAAUUGUGAAAUAAUAAAAUAUAAUCUUAAAGAUAUUUUUA